AAUCUCACGAAUAUUUACUUUUAUCGUUCUUGCGAUUUAAUAUUUUCAAAAUAUGGAAGACAAUGAAGAAAUCUUUUGCAAAUAUGGGACUCCAUUGCCCUCAUAUGGAGAAGAUGAAAUUCCCGCAAAGAAACCAGUCUCUGUUGAAGAUCAAAUAGUACUUGAUGUUAAUGGUAAAAGACGUUUCCACGGUGCUUUUACCGGAGGCUUUUCAGCGGGGUAUUGGAAUACUGUCGGUUCGGAAGAAGGAUGGAGACCUACAGAAUUCAAGAGUUCCCGUAAGGACAAAGGUACGUUCAAAUUGCAGAAUCCAAUGGAUUUUAUGGAUGAUGAGGAUCUAGGCGAAUUUGGAAUAGCACCUCAGAGAGUUCAGGCAAAGGAGGAUUUUGCACAUUGCAGCAAGGGUGUGAAACGUUCUAUAGCUCAGAUCAACAUGGCUGGUCCAAUUCCUGGUCAACCAGUUUUAAAAUCAUUGUUGAGACCAGCAAAAGAAAAAACAGCUGUCUGUAUAUUGAAAAAAAUGGGAUGGCGAGAAGGACAGGGUAUUGGUGAUCGACAGAGUAGGACUGCAAAAAAGAAAACAAGGGAACGAAACAAGAAGGAAGAAUAUGUAAUGAAAAUGUACGGAUGUGCACUUCCAACUGUAAAUACCGAAAGUAAUAGCUCAACCGAUUCCGAAAGUGAUUUCUCUGAUUAUGAGGUCACUUUUGCUCCAGACGAUUUCGACCCUCUUGUAGCAGCGAUUAAACAAAACACUUUUGGUCUUGGUUACUGUGGACUGCAACGUGAAGCUGCGAGCGGGUUCAACUUAUUUGAUACAUUAGAAGUCGUUGACCAAAAUAAUAAGAAACUUUCCAUUCGCGGUCAAGCUUUUGGAGUCGGGGCUUUGGAAGACGAUGAUGAAGAUAUAUAUGCUAAAGAUGAUAUGUCUAAGUACGACUUUUCGUUAGAAAACGGAUCUAAAAAGACAACUAUUAAAGAGCUUAAUGCUAAGUUCAACUGUUUAGAAGGUUUCUGUCCAAAAAAAAUAACCUGCAAACAAUCCAAAAAAGUAUACAAUAUAACUAUCCCAGAAAAUUUUAUACCGCGAAACUGGGUAAAAAGAUUUAGCAGGUUUGAGCCGUUGGAUGAGAAACGUGCCAAGAAUUUGGAGAAGAAAGAGCAUCAUAUUCAUGGUCUUGGACGGCAUGACAUGACUCCAAUAGAACGUAGCCAUGUUUUAGGAGAAACUCAGGCUGCAGAAUCGAAAUCGUCAGAAAAUAUAGCUCCACGUAUACUGGAUAGGAAAACUGAAAUCGAUGCCGCCGCCAAAAUAUUUCAUAAAGGCAGUUCAUGCGAACAAGUAAAACAGAAUCUUAAGGGUCCUCUGUUGUCCAAUUUCCAGACACAGAUGUCAAAUUUGGGGUCUACUAAAGAAGGUUUCAAGCCAUUCAUAACUGAUCCUGACAAACAAGACCGAUACGAACAAUUUAUUUUAUUCAAGCCAAAUGAGCAGUAUAGCACAAACCGACAUUUUCUUGCUUCGCUUCAGCCUCUUGGGAUGUCGGAAUGGGAUAGAGAACGUGAGUUAAAUGAAUUUGUCCAAGCUCAACGUAUGUAUCGGCCUAUGGAUGGUCUUAUGUCCGAUCGCUUUGUAACCGAGUCUAGUAUAGUGGCGGAAAAGCAAAUCGAAAGCUCAACCAAAACUGAUAUUAAAAUGAGACGAUCAAAAUCUAUGUGGAAACCAAAUAAGGAUCUUUGCAAACGCUUCAAUGUUCCGGAGCCUUUUGGCGGAACGAUAGAAAAGGAAAUUGAAAAACCUAAAAUAAAGUUUUCUGUUUUCGACUACCUUGAGACACCAAUAAACAAUAAGUCCAAUUUUGUAACACCAGUGGUAAUUCCACAAAGUAGCGCGAAACUGGUGGAAUAUGCACCGGUGAGAGAAUCAACGAUAACAAAGUUUAUAGAAACAGAUAUACCUUCAACCAGCUCCGCCGGUAUAUCAAGGAAACCUUUAGUUUCCAACGAAGGUACCAUCAAAGUUAUUGAAAAGAAACCUGCAAAACAAUCGAAGUUAGAACUGAUAGUAUUAGAAUGUGUCAACAAAAAACCAGAAGAAAAGAAGGAUCUUUUUCAAUCAAUAUUUUGCAGUAGCGAUGAAGAAGAUAGCAAUGACGAACAGGUAAUGGAGAAAUCGGAAGCAUCAUCAAUGACCGCAAGUGAAAAGCUUAAGCUGGUUGAAAGUCUUGUUGCCAUAAAACCAGCGAGUGAAAUUAAUGUCCUUAGAAACGAUUCCCCACCGCGUGGUAUCUUCAAAAGUAUACUAGAAAUUAAAGUAACUCCGCAAUCACUAGGAACCAAGGCACCUCAACAACCUGUAUCAGCAGAGUCUUCUUCCCAUUCAGCACGCGCAGGAGUAACUGAGGAGUAUUAUGGCCCAAAGCUUCCCGAUCCAAUCGCAGUGAAACAAUCCAUUUUGCCAACUUUGGCAUCUAAUGAAGCAUUGGAUGCCCGUUUGGAAGCAGCCAUUAAAAAAUGUGCUUCCCAUGGUGUUGUAGAAAAAUGGAUAGAAAAGGACAGCGCUGUAAUCAGUAAAAGCAAAAAGAAAAAAAAUAAAGAUCAUAAAAAGUCGAAAAAACAUAAGAAAGAAAAGAAGAAAAGUAAACGAUAGAGAGCUAUUGCACUCAUGUAAUGUUGAAAAUUUUAUAUUAGAGAUAUUUUGUUGCUUACUAUUUAUUGAAUACAUUUUCAAAGAUAAAGCAAA